AUGGAGUCGAUUCACGUUCACUUUGUGAACACUUUGAAAAGUUUUAGUUCCCCACUUGUUGUGGCGUGUUUUCGAUUAGGAAGAAUACCAGUGGCAAUUUUAUUUGUGCGAACGAGCUUCGUUCCGCGGCGAUGCAACAGCCGUUUUUUCCCCCUUAGAGACACGGGGCUCUCCCUCUCCGUCCGGUCCCGGGAGGAGAACCUCUCCGAUGCCGGGGCGUUUCAAAACCGGCAGCAACGGCAGCUGCGCAGGACCCGAGACCGCCUCCGUGACCGUGCUCUGAGCCCUCAGACGGGGAUGGUUUUGGACAAGGAUGGCAAGAAGAAACACUCGCGACCGACUUUCUCUGGGCAGCAGAUUUUUGCCUUGGAGAAAACCUUCGAACAGACGAAAUACCUGGCAGGACCGGAGAGAGCCCGCCUCGCCUAUUCCCUAGGGAUGACCGAGAGCCAAGCCCAGGUCUGGUUCCAGAACAGACGGACCAAGUGGCGAAAGCGGCACGCGGCGGAGAUGGCCUCGGCAAAGAAGAAACACGACUCGGAGACAGAGAAGCUGAAGGAGAGCUCGGACAAUGAGGAUGAUGACGAAUACAACAAGCCCCUGGACCCCAACUCAGACGACGAAAAAAUCACGAGGCUAUUGAAAAAGCACAAAUCCACAAACCUGUCCCUCGUCAGCCCCUGCAGCACCAGCUCGGACACCUUGUGA